CUUCGGCAUUUCUGCUGCCUUUGUUGGUUGGGCUCCAUACUUAACAUUCAAUCAUGGGUAGAAAAAUGUGUUUCUUAUGUUUUGUUUGGAAAGCGUCUCGAGCAGCACAAGUGGAUGGUUUCUGUUCAUGUCAUUCAUGGUGCGAACGUUGUGGUUACAGAGUUGCGUCAAAUGUUGGAGAUGCAGUCAUACAUUUUACUAUGCCCUGCUAUAAACUCUAUCAUUGGUCGGUGUGGGCAUCUAACAUUGUCUGCUAAGGCUAACGAUCCGUGGAAACUUUGCAAACAAUCCGCAGAAGCUAGAAUUUCAACUAAGUUAAUAUGGAAUGGUCCUAUCAAUGGAGCAACAAAUUUUCAAGUUAUAAUGGAAGAUCCUACAGGCAAUUCUGGAUAUCUUGAGUGCACAUUCACGGCAGCAUUUGAAGGUGACUAUAUGGCUGUGGAACCAGUCACACUUGAUGUUACUUUUCCAAUUUCUUCUGACUUUCAACUACGCAAUUCUUCUUCCACGCAUCAGCCCAACACUGUUAAGUACUUUAUCAGCAAUUCACAGAAUCUGGCAUUUGGACCUAAUCCUCAGAUUGGCAUUGCCCCUUCCAGCAUAUGUACUGUUGACAGGCAAGUCGUUGCAGGUGCUUUACCUGUCGCUACGGACAAUACUCAACCUCUAGAAAACAAAGGAGUGGGUGAAAGCAUCUCUGCUAUCACUGGGAGCACCAUUAAUCCUGAUCACAUUGCAAUUGGUGUUUCCAAGCUUCUACACAUUGCCCUCAACUCGGCAGUUGCUCACGAAAGAGCCAUGCCUUCAGCAAAAUGUAUAGUUCAGUUUAUUAGUCAAGGACAGGAUGAAUACAAGAUUGAGGAAACGGGAGCUGAAAGUGUCAACAAUGAAGUGGAAGUCUUGUUUCCUGCAUGGCCUCUUGCUGAUCAUGUGCUUGUGAGAAUAGCACUAGCAACUGACAAGAAGCAGCAGCUUGGAGUCGGAUUCGUGACUGUUGGAGAAUUCUUGUGAUAGCCAUGUAUUUCAACGUGAGCUCACUACUUUUAUUAAUACUUAGUAUGUACAUGAGCAAUACUCAUACUUUACUAAUUUAUUAUGACAUGCUAGACUUUCUGUGUAUAUUUUGUAAACAUUGGUGUAGAUUUGUAUGUUAGUUUUGUGCUUUCUAUUGGCUCGUUAACAAUAAAUCUUGCAAUUCAACGGAUGUCACU